CCUUCAUCAUCUUUAUGUUCAUCUCACGCAAACCUCGUGCAAUCCUAAUAUCAGCUCUCUCCCUUCAUUUCCUCUUCCAAAAUGGAUAAAAGAGCAGCGAAGAUCAAAAGCAAGAGAAGGAGAAGCAUCUGAAGGACCACAGAAAAAUCAUGGUCCUUCGAUGGAAGACCAAUUUCAACUGGCGUCUCUUCCUUCUAUUCCUCACCCCUCUCUCUCUCCUGAUCUUCAUCUUUCUCUCCUCCACCACCAAUCCCUUCUCUCUCCUCCCCCAAUCCCCCCAACCAAAACCUCGUCCCUCUCUCCCACGUCUUCCUCGGACUCCCAACCUCGAAACGUUGCGGUGGAAGAGGAGGAAAGCUGAGUUGGAUCGGUCCCGAGUCGCCAUCUGCCUGGUAGGCGGAGCAAGGCGGUUCGAACUCACCGGGCCUUCGAUUCUCGAGAACAUUCUUAGGGUUUAUAAAAACUCGGAUCUGUUCCUGCACAGCCCGUUUGACGGAGGAGCGUACAAGUUCUCGAUCUUGAAGGACGCGCCACGGAUCGCAGCUGUUCGGAUCUUCGUACCCGAGUACGUGCCCGAGAACGAAUCGCAGGCCCGGGUCUUGACCGCGAGCGGUUCCCCCAACGGCAUCCAGGGCCUGCUGCAGUACUUCAACCUGGUGGAAGGGUGCCUGACCAUGAUAAGAGAUCACCAGACCCACCACAACUUCACCUACGACUGGGUGGUCCGCACCCGCGUCGAUGGCUACUGGUCCGCGCCGCUCUCCCCUCACAACUUCAUCCCAGGAAAGUACCUGGUCCCACCAGGGUCCCAGUAUGGAGGCCUCAACGACCGGCUAGGGAUAGGUGAUCUCCGCACCACCACAGCUGCCCUUUCCCGCCUCUCCCUCAUCCCAUCCCUCGACGCCGCGGGCUACCGUACCCUCAAUUCAGAGAGUGCCUUCAAGGCACAGCUGGUCACCCAAGGUGUGGACUACCAUACCAACCAAAUCCCAUUCUGCAUCCUUAGCGACCGGACCUACGCCUUCCCUCCGUCGCGAUUCGGCGUGCCCGUUGCGUCGCUGGGAAGCCCGGGCCCACUAAGUGGGGCCAAAUGCAGGCCGUGCAAGGCCGUGUGCGUGGGGCCCUGCGUGGGUGACGUGAUGGAGAGCCUGGAGAAGGGAUGGAGCUGGACGGAGUGGGGAAACGGGAUAUUGGAGCUGUGCGACGCGAGCCACGCGUGGGAGAAGGGUUGGGAGCGGAUCUUCGAUGGGGUCGGGGGUCGCCGUUAUGCCGCCGUUAGGAAGAGGGUUGGGGGAAUGGGGUUGAGGGAGUGCGUGAGGGAUUGGGAGGUGAUGAGGAAGCGGGCCGUCUGGUGGGACGCGCCUUCUUCGACGGAGAUCUGUAAGAAGGGUUUGCCGGGCGGUUGAUCGUGUGGUGAUGGUGGUCCACGUCGCAUGAUUUCCAUCGUUUGUCUGGUGGCCUGUUUUCUUUUGUACAGAGACUGCGAAGAGGCUUUUGUUUUCUCUUUUAUAGAAAUGUGCAGGAUUUGGAGAGAAUGUAUACCGGAAUUCAUUGGUUUUUGAAUGAAGGUAGAGGGAGAAUGGAUAUUCAUGAAGAUUCGGAAUGUGAGUUUCAACAGAUGUGGGUGAAAUCGGGACCGUUCAUCAGAGUAGGGUGCACUUCGAGAAUGCGCUGUACCAAAACUUAGGCAGUUCCAAUCAUGUGGUGAAAAUGAUUGCGUAAAACAUAAAGGUCAGCUAUAGGGCGGUAGGGUAGUUUAAGUGGACCAUUAAGAAAUGAAAAAUGGCACUUAACGUGUGGUCUCGUCGGAUGGAAGCGGAAUGCGUACUGUGUAGACUCUGUGGACCCACUUUGAUUUAUGAUUUUAUUCAUUCCGUC